AUGGAGGGGGGAACCAGCAACAAAGAUAAGCUCUUCUUUAAGUUAUAUGAAUAUAUAAGCAAGUUAGAUAAUUUUGCAUGUGAUGAUGUUAGCUUAGAGAAGGAGGGGAGAAAGAAAGUUCUAUACAUUAGUAAAAAGUCAAAGGGAAAGAAAAGAUUGGCUCAUUGUCCCCAGGCCACGGAGAAGGCAGAGCAUGGAGAACGUAAUAUAACAGAUCGAAGCCAUGUGGAAGCUGGUGAGGAGAAGAGUGGUCCAUUUUGCGCUGACGACGGCAGAGAUGACGACGAUAGUUACACCAUCAGUUGUAGUAGCAGUUGCAGCAGCAGUUACAGCAGCCGCGCGGACGAGGCGGAAACUGCUACCCCCGUCGCCCCGCGGGAUUACCCUGUGACAGCGGAAAACGAUGAGGAGGGUGGCCCAGUUAAUGUCCACUCGUAUGGGCACACUCACCCAAACAAAAAGACAAAGAACACAAAAAAGAAAAGGAGCAGCGGUCAAAGAAGCAACGGCCAUAGAAGCAGCGGUCAAAGCAGCGGCCAAAGGAACGACCUCCUAUGCGAAAUCGAAAACUACUACGUAAUUUCAAAGCAGAAGAGAAAAAUGGAAGAGUACAAAAUCGUAAACGAAAUUAAAAUUAUAAACAGCCAAGGGAGUUGUAAUCCUUCAGGGAUGAUGCAAAAAAUUAAUGACAUUAUCAGUGCAUAUAAAAAGAUUAAGGAUGAAUUAGAUAAGCUAGAGAAGAACAAACAAUUCAUAUACGAUACGUUUUACUCAAUUUUCUUGAACUAUUAUUCCAGGUAUGAAGAAUUAAAAGUAAUCAAGGGGAAUAAACGCAGAGUAGAACGCCACUUGGAAUUUUACACCAACGUCGAUCAUUUCGAAAAGGUACUCAACCACAUGGAGAAAAACGAAUAUGCUUAUUUUAUUGACAUGCACAAUAAUUCUUUGCAGAAAAGUGCAGGGAAGGUAUACUCGGGAGAGGUACUUGAGGGGGACGAUCAGAGUGAUUAUAGUGAGAGCGAGACGGACUCGGGGGAUGAAGACGGAGAUGUGUACAUGGACAAAUGGGACGCGGAAGAUAUACAGAACUGGGGAACCUCAUACGGUACCGAAGGCGGGGACACAGACGGUGAGGGAAACCAGGGGGAGGAUGAAGAGAGCCACGAAAUUGAUAACUCCUUACUUAGUGAAUGGGAGAAGGAGGAAGAGCUAAGUUCAUCUGUCGAAGGAUAUGCUAAUGCUACCCAAACGGGGCAACAUCACGAUGAAGGUGCAGUUCAGGGGGGUUUACUUAAUGGUAGGAACGAAAGGGAAUCAGCUCCAUUGGAAGAAGACGCAGGGGUGGACGCAAUGGGGAGCAAUCCCGUGAAGGGGCAACUGCGCAGUCGUAUAUGGUGGGCGAAAAAGAAGAAAAGAAGGAGCUCAUCUCGGGGGAUAUUAAAUGGGGUAGCAACCGGUGCAACACACGGUAUGUCGAACGGAGGGGCCCUUACCCAAGGUGCAAAUCAGCCCCGCCGUGGCAAAACCAAAAGGGGGAGCGAGAAGAACGAAAUUUGUCACAUGCUUGAAUUUUCCGAAAAGGCCAUAAAAUUCUUCAAGAAAAAUGGCACCUAUUUGCACGCCAAGGCUAAAUUGACCAAGUACCAGUCCAUCAUAAGACGUAUUUUGAAGUACGUUAUUAAUUUGUUUAGGGACGUUCUCAACAACGCAGAGUUGAAUAUGUCCUCUGAUAGAGGGGGUGAGAGUUUGACCCUGUAUGGGACCUCGUCGUUUCAGCAAAAUGGCAAAGAGGUGACCGUGUCGCAGGAGGUAAGCUGUGGGGGAAAAUGGUGGGAAGGCAGUAAUCUGAGCGAAAAAAGACUACCUGGGGAAGACAACCAUAUGAAUAGAUUCAAAUCUAACGAUAUGAAGGAUUCCCCGCAACGCAUAAAUGAUGAGAAAGAUGAAUCGAAUCAUAAACAGCCACAUGAGGAAGCUAAUUUGACAGACGAACUGGAGGAUAAUCAAAUUUACAAAAACAUAAGCAUGAUAUAUUUUAGCAAGUAUAUAAAUGAACUGGAGUACUACAAGAAGUUCAAAAUAAAGUGCAGCAGCAUGCGAGAUGUAAUAUACUUCAUUUAUGAAAAAUCCCUAGUGGAUGAAAAUAAUUUGUACACAGAGGAAUAUAGCAGUUUGGAAAAUUUCUACGUCAGCACAAGGGUAAAAUUAUUGAACAGUAAUAUACUAAGCAGUAAUGUAUUGAGCAAUUUUGAGUACCUACUGAAGAGUGAUAUUUGCAAGUAUAUAAAGAACAUUUGUCUGUUAGCCAUGUACGUUUCUAAGUUAGAGGUAGACUUGUACACAUAUAUAUUCAAUAACAAUCUUAACAAUUCCCUUAACAUUAUUUUGAAUAACAUUGGGGUGUGUAUAUUUGACUGUUUACAUGACUGCAUCCACCACCUUAACAAUAUACAGUUGAUUAGAAAAAUUAUUCGAAUCAUUUAUGUAGACCUCAUCGAAACAUAUAGUGAUAAUUCCUACAGGGUCAUUUGUGAUUACUUAAAAAAAAUUUGUAAAAUUUUGAAAGACAAAUUACUUUACGUGAUUGAGAUGUACAUUUCGUACUACACCAAAAAUACGAAUGCUACUUUGCCCUAUGUAUGCUUCAACCCUCUGAGGACAAAAUUCAUCAACAUGGUCAACAAUUUUUUGUAUGAUGAGUAUCUCCGCACGAGUGAUGAGCAUACUAAGGGGGAGGGGUACCCUGUGAAAACCGGACAGGAGGCAUCGAGCAAGGAAGGGCGGAAUGGACAAGUGAAUGGCUUAUUUUCCUCCAAUGAGAAUAAUCACCCUAUCGGUGAGAGCGUAAUGUGUGGGGAUAAAUCUGAGCCAGUGCGCAAUUUUGAAAAUUGUGAUGAGGAGGGAAACCCAAUGUGUGAAGACACUCACAACGUAGAUGACCCGUCUAGGAAGAGAACAAGGAGUGUCAACAGCGCUGAAAGUGUGGAAAGUCGGGAUAGUAUGGAAAGCUUAACUAGUGGAAGAUACGCGAAGGAAAGCGAAUGCAACAAGAAUGUGCUGAGUGAGAAGAAUGUAUACAAGCCCUUUUCCUUCCACCGCCGUGCAUUUAAUAAGGACACUAAAUUCGGCCUCUGUGGUAUAGACCUAAACAUUAUUGGUACCAUCCUAAUUUUGAAGACGAUACAUUUUAUAAUUGACGAAGAGACGUUGCUGGAGCUGUUCAGGGAGUGCCUGGAAAAUAGUUUCAACUCCAUAACAUGCAUUUAUAAGGAGCACAUGAAAAAUCAUCCUGACGACAUGUUUAAUGGCGCUCUUUAUUUAAUUAAAAAUUUGAGUCUUUUGCUAUAUUUGUUUUACAAAGUUACAAAGGAUGGCGAAUUUGUCCGCUUUUACCUGAACAGCGGGCUGACAGAGCAGCUCCUCUUGGGGGCAUCUCCAAAAGAAUGGAUAAUGGACAGCCAUAGUGGCAGCGGGAAAAAGGAAGGAGACAAAAUGGGGGCCGAAAAUGAAAACUCCAUUUUGUGCUUUUUCAAAAGGGUUUACAACAUGUCGUCACAGAACGUGCAGGACCAAAUCCUGGACGCCUUCAACGAUGCCAUUUACAACUUUACUGUGGCCACUGUGUCAAGGGUAUGUUCCCCCUUGAUUAAAAUCCUGUCCAUGGAGUACAAAGAAAACAGUGUGCUUCAAAAGGAGGAAGAGAUUAAAAAAAACACUCACGAUUUUUUGAAUGCAAAAAGGAGUCGCCAAUCAGAUUUGCAAUCAGGACACAAGAAGGUGGACUUCUCCUUUUUGCGCGAAAUAAAUUUUGACUUGCUAAAGGAAUACGCAGAAAAGAUUAACAACACACAGAGUGCAGAGGCACCCAACUGUUCCAACCUCGAUGACGUAAAAAAGAGCCUCCAUUCAUUUAAGCAAAACGUUUGUGACCUAUUUCCUAAGAUAUAUUUUUACGUGAAGUUAUUUAUUUGCUCCAAUACGGAAAAGCCAGACGAGAGUGAGUUUUUCCCUGGACUGUUUUCCCACAUCGUGGGCCUCUUGACGUACAAAAUAGUGGGCCUGCUCAGCGAGGUGUACCUCAUCAUAAGGCUCAAGUAUGCAGACCAAGUGGAAACCAUAUUUGAAGAGAACUACGUCAGCGACAUUUUCCUCUUCCUGAAUUCGAGCGAGCAGUACGUCUGCUCCUUUUCGGACAUCCACGAAUAUUUCGACACAAACAAGAAUUACAACUUUUGGGGGGAGUAA